AUGUCCGACAUGGACUCAAAGAAGGUCAAUACCAUGGUCGACAAGAACUCCGGCUCAGGCACCGGCACCAACAAGGGCCCGACCACUGGCUCUGCCUCUUCAGAUACCAGCAACAAGCCCUCGAUGCAGGCUACGCAGACCUGCAGCUGCAACACAACUGGUAGUUGCACUUGUGCACCGGGACAGUGUGCUUGUCCUAAUUGCCCGGUACGUUUUUCAUCUCUCAUCUCCUGUCAGCGGCUUUGGCGUGUUUUGCGUGUUGGAUGUCUUGCGUGUUGCGUUGCUUUGGUGUCUAAUUGUUGCUUUGUGGAUGAGGAUGGUAAUCUGCUCUGCUCUGCUCUGCUCUGCUCUGCUCUGCUCUGCUCUGCUCUGCUCUGCUCUGCUCUGCUCUGCUCUGCUCUGCUCUGCUCUGCUCUGCUCUGA